AUGAUGUCCGGCAAUUAUACAUCGAUUGACAAUCAAAAUGUCACCGGAUCUGUUCCCGCAGUCGCAGAUCCACCUGGCCAUGUUUCUGUCAAAUUUUCAGAGUCGAAUCUGCAGACAUUUCCGCCUUCAGGUCCUCAGGGGAAGAUCUCCGGUGCCGCUGGACCUCCUCGUGAUGCAGACGAUACAUUCUCCAAAACUUCGUCUGGUACUGAUGCCCCAGAGCAAGGUGGUUGGUUUCGAACUUUUACCAUUGCUGCAUACAGGCCCUAUUUUGAUGUUGACACAUCUGAUGUUUUGGAAAGGAUAAAAGAUUCACUCUUUCCUUUCCGAGGAAGCUUCACUGAGAAGACUGCUAACAACCCAGAUUUGUAUGGCCCAUUCUGGAUAUGCACAACCUUAAUAUUUGUGGCAGCUUCUAUUGGUACAUUUGUUACGUACUUAGCACACAAACUGCAGAAGAAGGAAUGGAAUUAUGAUAUCAAUUUGGUUACUUGGUCUGCUGGUUUGUUCUAUGGCUAUGUCACUAUUGUGCCAGUUCUGUUGUAUAUAGUUCUCAAAUACUUCUCUGCUCCAUCCGGACUUGCUCAGCUGUUUUGUCUAUAUGGCUACUCCCUCUUUGUCUUUAUUCCCACUUUGGGUCUCUCCGUUAUACCUUAUGAAAUCUUCAGAUGGGUUGUUGCGGGUGUGGCAGGGUUCAUGUCUGCUACUUUUGUUGCCCUCAACCUCAGAAACCACAUUAGGUCUGCUGGUGAAAGUUGGUUCUUGAUUGUGGCUGGCAUCUUCCUGUUGCAGCUGGCUCUCGCUUUGUGUUAUAGUUUACGGAGAGAGGAUGCCGAAAGGAGAACUAAACUCAAGGCAGAGUCAAAUUUAGAUCCUGAAAUUGUGGGCUAUGUUGAGCAAGUAGUAGUGGGAGCUAGGCAUCUACAAGAAAAACCAAGAAACUAUGAAGAAAAACCUAGUAUUGGGAGUACAACUGUCUCAGGUUCUGGUAAUGAUUAUGAAGGUUUUGUUGCAACCAUCAACAGAGAGGUACCGUCGAGUCCUGAUCCUUUACACAAUCGCUAG